AGUCUAGUGCCCUCUACGAUGUGAAUUUAGCUGCACAAAUUGGAAUAUGGCGGUAUUAGCGCUGUCACUUCUUUGCAAGGAUCAGAAAUCAAAAGAAUUAUCUGAAAGAGCUCCAAAACUUACAGGUUAUUCGAUUUGCCGGAGUCCAUUGAUCAGGCACUUUGACAGACUGUUUGGUAAACAUCACAAAAGAAAUCCCAAGCAACCAAGAUGAAGAGCAGAAAGAGAGGACGACCUGCUGCAGACUCUUCUGACAAGCCUGCAGCUAAAAAGGCUGCAAUCAAUUCCCCCGCUCAAGGAAAGACCAGAGCCACAUCCAAAACAGUGCAGAAGCCUACAGUAAAAAAGACGGUGGUAAUCAAGAAAGUUUCGGCUCCCGCAAGGAGCAAGAAAUCUAAACAGACAGAGACCAGUCGGGUAAACCAGAAGAAACAUGCUCCAAAUAAAAAGAAAACUCUUCCAAUCAAAUUCAGUGGAGCCAUGGGGAAGUCCUCGGGUGAAGAAUCUGCUGAGAGAAGAGACCAAAAGAAGCAGGAUGAAGCAACUACUGAAUUAUUAUUAUCUGAGACAUCAGUUGAAAUGGAAGAUGAACACAAUUACAGCAAAGAUCCUAGAGAUGAACUGAUGAAAUUGAAUCUGCUGAUUUAUGCCUGCCCUGUAUGCAAGAAGUAUUCCUUUGAUCCUCAGCAGAUGACCAAUCAUGCAAGGACAGCACACGAGGGUAAAGUUGGUGUUAUGCUUAUGUUGCCGCUCCCAGACGUCAAUUUACCCAAGCUUGCAUCCCCACAAAAACAGCAAGUAUUAGCAUCACCUCCGCCAACCAGGGUUGUGAGCCCGGCUGCAGAGGGAAACAAGACAAUGUAUCGCUGCGACAAGUGUGAUAGACAGUUUGAUCGUGCUAGACAGAUGAAUAUGCACAGAUGUCUCCAGAUGAACAGGAGGAAGUCAUCGCCCCGCAGGGGAGAGGAAAGCACAUUAUCAAAAUCCCCCAGUAGAGCAGAAGAAAUGUUAACGCUAAUGACUCCCAAAGAGAACAAGAAAGAGUCAGAAUCAGAAACAGUCACAUCUCACUUGGUCAUUGUUGAGAAUGAAGCGACAAACACUGAUAAAAUUAAAGAAAGUGGGGUGGAAGAUGGGAAGAAGAUUCCCCCAAUACCUCCCAAGACUGCUACUGAUCUUGUUGACACUGAAUCUCCACAGCAGUUUGGAGACAGCCCUACCAAAGUAAGAAGCUUUGACGAGGAUCCCAUGGAUAAUGGCAUUGAUGAUGAUGGUGAUGAUGAUGAUGAUGGUAUACCACCUACACUAGGUGUCCAUCUAAGUAAAGACAUACCACCAGAGGACAGAGCUGGCACAUGGAAACUCUGCAAAAGAAAACAUGUGACAGGGUGGAAGUGGGAAGCACAGAAAGUGUCUGAUGAAGAGAUGAAGCAGAUAGCUGAACAGGAAAAUGAGAAAAGGGAAAUGGACAUGAUUGAGAAGGCGAAGAAUGAAAAGGAGAAGAGCAAAAUGGAGAGAAAUAAGGAGGACAGUGAAAAGGUAGAAGGUGAAAAAGAGGAGAGCAAGAAAGAGGAGGAUGAAAAGGAGAGUGGAAAGGAGGAGAGCAAAGAGGAUAAGAGCAUAGAGGAGAAUAGUGAAGCUGAAGAGACACACAAUCAGAUAGAUAAGAUAGGCAGUCAGGUAAAUAUUCCUUCUACAGUAUUGGGAGAAGAUGAUGAUUACGAGUUUUGUGAAGAUGAUUAUGUAGAGGAUAAUGAUGAUGAUGAACCUGUUCCUUUUAUACACAACCCAGAAGUGGGAAAGAAAAUUGACCCUGAUUCAUUAAUUGGCAAGUACCAAGCACUAUCUGAUAUACUAGACGAUGAUAUGAUGAAGCAGUGGGCUAACAAGGAUCCACCUACAGUUGAUGAGUUAAGCAAAUAUAUCAAAAAAGUACACGGUGGACUACAGAGUCCUAAUGGGGAAGCUCUUGAUUUUUUCAUGUGUCUUAUAUGUCGCAAGGUGUUCAAGACUAAGAAUGUUAUGACUCCUCAUAUAUUUUCUCACAUCGGAUAUCGUCCUUACAUGUGUGUGCAGUGCGGAUACAGUUCUACUCACAAACGUGGCUGGACAACUCACAUACAGAAACAUAAUGAUAAUGAACUCAAGUGCUGGCAUGGUCAAUGUGUUUAUGUUGGAAAGGAUGCAGAGGAUCUUGAUGAGCAUAGGAAGACCCACGCUCCAUCCUUACGUUGCAUUCUUUGCGAUGUAAAGUUCAAAGGUCAAAGCACCAUGCUUGGUCAUCUGUACAUCAGCCAUCGGGAGGAAAUCAGGGAAGGAAAAGGGAAAGAAUUCUACACAUUAAUGGCCACAGCUGGGCGAGCAAAGAGUCAGAUUGUUUUAUUUGAGUGUGAUAUUUGUGGGCAGAAGUGCAAGACAAAGAAGAGCUACUACACUCAUAUAAGAAUGAAUCAUGCCCCACAAUCUGGCUCAAAGAAAGCUAAAGGACGAAAGAAUAAAAAUGGAGAAAAAAAGAAGAGGAAGAGGGUGAAGAAGCGCUCAUCUUCCCGCAACUGUCCUAUGUGUGGAAUGGCGUUUGAAGGUGAAGUAAAAUUGACACGUCACUUGAACACGCAUCCUUUUAUCUACCGUUGCUCUAUGUGUGAAGAGAAGUUCUUGACAUAUGGCGCACUUAAUGAGCAUGUUGGAUUCCACAGGGCUGAUCAGGAAGGAGAGUUCAACCCUCAAGACAAAAUCAAUGAGAGUCUACGAAGGAGUAUCUACUUGGCUGGGCAGAUGGAUAAAGCACUGGAAGCAGACAAGGUACAAUGGGCGCAGCGCAGAACCGGAGCAGAAGCACCUAAGAGUGCGAUGACAGGCUCCAUCUUUGAUGAUUUAAUGUCAAAGAUCAGUAUUCCUACUGAAAUUGUAAGCAAAGAAGAACUAGAGGAAGUUGGGGAAGACUUUGUCAAUCUGAAUUACAAAAAACUGACCCCUUCCAUAUUACGAUAUAUACAUUUACGCUUUGGGAAUGUUGAAUGUGGAGUUUGUGGGAAACUCUUCCCCAAGGUUGGACUAUGUAAGGAUCAUACUAAGAAGCAUACAAAGGUGAAGGACUGCAAAUGCCCCCAUUGUGAUUUUCAAGGUAAAAAUAAGAAGGCUCUUGAAAGUCAUUUGGCCAGGGUCCACAAUGAAGGUGAAUCUUUCCAUUGUCCUAAAUGUGAUACCAACAUAAUAGGUGCCGAGCUUUACAAGCAUCACAUGAGGAGACAUGCUAAAGAAGACUCUGGACCUUACACAUGCACUUGGUGCAACACGGUUGAAGGGAAAAGGGAGGAUAUGAAGAAUCAUAUCAUGAACACGCACCCUAUGAUGCCAUUGGCCGAGAGUACUAAGAUACUGGGACAGGGGGUUGUCAUCCAUAGAGAGAAGGGAGCCCCUUUCUUGGUGUGUGAGGUGUGUAAUGAAACCUUCCGCCGUAUUUGUGAUCUUCGCCGUCACAUGUGGAAACAUUCUUCUGUGAAGCGAUUCACCUGUGAUCUCUGUGACUAUGGCUCUGACAAGCGUGGAAACAUCAUAAGCCACAUGAGGAAGCACUCGACUGAGAAGCAAGCAGCCUGCCAUGUCUGUGGGAAGAUGUACAAGACAAUGCAGAGCCUGAAGCUUCAUGUCCAAACUGCCCACUUGAAGUUGAAGCCGCACAAAUGUGACCUCUGUGAUUAUGCUGCUGCCCAGCCAGUCCAUUUACGUCGGCAUGUUGUCCUCCACCACAACACUGGAGAGCGCCGUCGAUUCCGCUGUGCCAUCUGUCCCGACUACAGGGCAACUGAUCUGCAGGUUGUGAAACGGCACUACCAGAAGAAGCAUCCCAAUCAGAAGAUGAACCUCUCCAAGUGCUGUCCACCUGAUGCAUUCAACCCAUCCACUAUGAAGAAAGACAAACACCAGGUUAUCCAGGUGGUGCCAUCUGUACCUUCUCUGAAUGAAACACCUGCUGUCAAUCAUGACACACCGAUGCUGCCUGAGUCAACUCAAGAGAUGGACCAUGAGCAAGUGAACCAAUCUAACGAAAUGGAUCCCGCCAUAGUUGAGGUACAGACAGAACAACAUCAAGAAAUUCCUCAAGACAUGACAGUUGAGGUCAUUCUCCCGGAGGAUCAAGGCCAGCUGAUUGAUAUCAAUUCUUCUCUUCCAGAUGUUAUCAAUGCUUUAGCUUCACUUCAAGAUUCUGAAAUCAUCUCUCAGUAAUACCCAGGUCAAUUCCAAAAACAUUUCUAAACUUAACAAAGACUGAUUAACAAUAAAACAUCAAAUUUAUAAUACUACUCAGUCAAUCCAACAAAAUCUAUUCUUAUCUAAACAAUGACAAAUUGAAGAAAAGAAAUCAUGUGCAUGUUCAUCAGAGUGCUGCUGGUUUGGCAAGUCAAGUAUGACACUAGUCACAACACUAAAAUUAUAUGACUCUACGCAUCCUUAAAGUUAAGUCCUCACUAAAUAUUACAAAUAUUGCAAAUGGAUCAAACGUAAUCAGCUAUAUGUCAAAGACAUAUAGGUGAAACCUGCUUAAAGAUUGUAGAAAGACUGGUGGAGUAGAAGAAUAUAGAUAAGCAAUGCAAUAUAUUGUAAAUGUUGGAUAAUUAGAAAUAUGCAGGAAGCAUUCUUCAUUGAAUAUCAAUUUAAUUCAUUGAAAAUCCAAGACAAUCUUGGUUUUGAAAACCCAUACAAAUUAUACACAAGACACAGAUAAACAAUUCAGAACCUUCUUUAAAAAUCAAGGUUGUUAUUAAUUGAAAAUGACCUCUAUGCAGUAUUGAUCAAAGUUAUAGAAUAUGAAAUGAUAUACAAAGAAAAAAAACUGACACAGAAACGCUGUUUCAGUUGCUGUUAUAAAUUUACUGAAUAUGAUGUAAGAGGUGAAGAAAGAGAAUGCUUUUUAUUAUUUUGUUGUUGCUACCCUUGGAGUACAGAAAUGGUGCCUGUCCAUGCUGCAUUGAUUGAGCUGAUAUGAGUUGAAUCAACCGGGGUAAAAGUGUCAGUUUGUUUGGUGUGACUGGGUCUUAGAUGCAGAAGGCUCAGGUUAUUUGAAACAGAGAUACCCUGACUCCAGAACCCUGUAACAUUAAGCUCAACGAUUGAUUGUGGGCUGAAUUGUUAUGAUUGAUCAUACACAAUAGUCAAUGCAAUUGAUUAUAGUAGAAAUCGGCACUACAAUCAAUCACUGAGCUUUAUGUUACAGAGUCCAGAAGAAUCCACUUCUACAGUUGAGAGUCAGAAACUAGCCAUGUAUAACAUUUUGCUUUUUGUUAACGAGAGUUGAACAGAAGCUUGUCCUAUACUUGCAGUUUACUUUUUUUUGAUGAACCCUGAACAUGCCAGAUAAUUGUUGCUGUUUGGGACUUGUGUUUAUGAAGCAGUGCCACUUCUCCAUUAUUAUUCCUUUAUCAAGUAUAAACGUCUAUUAUCGUUGCACCUCAAUAAGAUGAUGGUUUUGUUUGUGACAUUAAUGGAACUUAUUUACCCAUUCUGACUUUUUUUAUUCAUGAAAAAGAUCAUAAGUAGUGUGUUUACUUUUGAACAUAAUCUGGCCAGUGUGAUGAUAUGUUUUAUAUCACUUGGUCACGCUGUUUGGCAUUCUAAUGAAAGCAAUUUCUAGUCACAUUUUAAUGAUAUGUAUUUACAAAUGAUACGUCAUUGGUAAUAAUAAGGAGCGUUGUGGCCCAGAGGAUUAGUCUCCUGACUUUGAAACAGAUGGUCGUGGGUUCAAAUUCCAGCCAUGGCGUAAUUUCCUUUGGCAAGAAAUUCAUCCACAUUGUGCUGCACUCAACCCUGGUGAGGUGAAUGGGUACCUGGCAGGAAUUUACUCCUUGAAAUGCCUCCACACUGUUAAGGGCUGCGGGGCUAAAGGCAGGGUAAUAAUAUCCAAGUCCUUUGCAAACGCAUAGGGGUGUUUUCUUAUAAUGUGAUUGCGCACCACAAGAACUGCGUUAUUAUUAUUAAUGCAAAAGCUUUUGCCUGUUCGGAGUCACAGUUUCGCUGAUGUUACUGCAACAUUAGAAAGCUGCUCCAGAAUCAGGAGAAAUGUGACAAUGCCAUUUUAACAAUAUCAACCACAAAUAGAGUACAGGUGUACAAUGUCGUAGGAAGGAAUUAGUCAACCAUUGUAGAAGACAAAUUCCUUCAAGUAGGUGAAUUGGUAGUUAUUCAAUAUUCUUACACAUGAUAAAAGCAAUGGGUUGCUGGUGGAUUAUAGUGAAUUUGUUCAUAAAUUUGAUGAGAUAUGCUAUAUAAAUCUAUAUUUGUAUGCUCAUGUAAAUAUUUUUUUUGUAUAAAUAGACACAGUAAUGAACUGUUUUCAAUUGAUUAUCGGUAAUCUGUGUUCUUCGUUUUCAGAUAGAGAAGUUUGUUCUUUUUCCGAUAAAAUUGCUUAUUUAUUGUAAAUGAUUUUACAUAUAUUCCCAAAGUGUACCUCAAGGAAUUUUUUUCCCCCGAGUAUGUGUGAAGCUGUGAGCCUUACUCCCCUAUACAGUAGGACAAUUUACGUGAAAUUGUGGGUUUACAAUGGAGCAUUUGAAGCGAAUACAUCCCAACCUUCUUUGUUGAUGAAAAUACAUUACAACAUCACAAUUUACUUCUAUGGGAAUUGCCCCCUUUUAAAAAUAUGAUUAAUGUUUAACCCUCUUGUUUCUAGCUUAAAAAUAUUUAUCUACAUUCAAUUUCAAAUAGUGCAUCUUUGAUGAUAUUAUCAAUCUGCCCCCACUUGAGGUUUAUGACUCUAUAGAUAUGUUUACAAGUUUGAAGUAUAUUAUAUUACAUAUAUUUUGUUAAGUUCCUAUUCAGUCAUUUUACAGGCUACAUGUGUGUUUCAAUUUUUUCAAUAUUGAAUCAGAAGUUCACUUUAGAACAUUUAAUUUGCACUAUGUUGUGUUGGUACAAUUCUUGGUUGUUGAUAUGUGACAUGUUAUUCAGGUAGAUGGAGGCAGGGUGGCACAGUUAUUACCCCCCCCCCUUCCCCCAGACCACAUGUUUGCUGCUUCACACCAUGCAAAGAGUACAAUCAGUCUUGAAUGUAUUCAGAGGAAAGAUGUUAAUUUGCCAUAUGUUAAAAAAUAAUUAUAAUUCUCUUUAUUUUCAUUUUGAAAUUUUAUGUCAUAUUUUUCCAUAUUCAAAACACUUGGUGAAUAAUUUUGGAUUCAAACUUUACUCUCAUCUGAUGUCCCUAAUAGCAUUAUUAGCAAUAAAAUUCUGAAGUGUUCGUUUAGAUUUUAACUUCAAGGAAUAACCAUCAUUGUUCUACAUGGCCUGCACUGUUAAAAAGAGACAUUUUUAAAAGAGCCUUGUUUGGGUCAGACCUCCAUUCAGUUGUAGAAUUAUUUGUAAAUAGGUGUCAAACUAUGACAUUAGAUUGUGUAGUUUGCUGUAAUUAAAGAAAUUGUACAAAGCUUUCCAUGAUCAUUCCAAGUUUUGCCUUUUUGAUGUGUACCACAAUUUGCUCUUCAGAGCAGGCACUGAAUAUUAUUUCAUUUAAAAAGCUAUUUUGCAAGGAUAUCUUAUGAUGAAAAUGGGUGUCAUUACAAUGUAUUUUUGAUUAAAUGACCCAAUACUAUUUCUUGCAGUUA